AUGAAAUACAAGCAAGCAGUACCCGUCACGGUCUCCCUGCGAGACCUAGAGUCCAACGCCGUCCCCUUCAACACCCUCCUGAACGCGUUUGGGCCGGACAGCCUGGGCAUCCUCGUCGUGACCGACCUACCGUCCACCUUUGCACCGCUGCGCCAAAAAGUCCUCUCCAACUCCUCGCGCCUUGCGCACCUUCCUCCCGCACACCUCGAGAAACUGACGAAACCCAGCGCAAAGUAUCUCGUCGGGUGGAGUCACGGUGUCGAAACCCUGCGACCGGGAGUGGUCGAUACCGCGAAGGGGAGUUACUACAUCAACUGCGCAUUUUACAAGGAUCCCUCUCUGCAGUCUGUCAAGGAUGGGGAGAACAAGUUCCCGGGGUUCGAAGAGUACACGGCUCCCAAUGUAUGGCCUGACGAGGUGGAUAUUCCGGGGUUCAAGCAGGAUGCGGAGGAGUUGAUAAGGUUGAUCAUCGAUACGGCGGUAUUGGUUGCGAGGGCGUGCGAUCGCUUCGCCGAGCAUGAGAUCGGGGAUGGGUAUGAAAGGGGUUAUUUGGAAAAGGUGGUAAGGGGGAGUGAGACGACCAAGGCGAGGCUGUUGCAUUAUUUCCCCACCGCUGCGCGGGAGAGCGUGAAUGGGAAUGUGAACGGCGAUGGCGAUGCUACCGCUACUUCGAACGGACACGCCGUCUCUGUCUCAGCAGCAGCAAAGGAGGACAAAGAGGAGCCCGAGAUCGACGACUCGUGGUGCACCACGCACCUCGACCACGGGUGUCUCACGGGCUUGACAUCAGCCAUGUUCCUCGACGAGUCCAAUACCAAUACCAAUACCUCUGGGGAUGAAUAUACCGAACUCCCCUCGUCCCCGGACCCCAAAUCGGGUCUCUACAUCCUCUCGCGCACAGGCCAGAUCCACAAGGUGAGCAUCCCGCGCGACGCCCUGGCGUUCCAGACCGGCGAGGCGCUCGAGAUGAUCACGCGCGGGAGGUUCAAGGCCGUUCCGCACUUUGUCAGGGGCGUCAACGUCGCCGACCCCAACGCCAACGCCAUGACCAAAAUCGCCCGCAAUACCUUGGCCGUCUUCACGCAGCCCAACCUCGACGAGCCCGUGGAUUUGGAGACCGGGUUGACCUUCGGCGAGUUCGCGAGGGGGGUCGUCAAGAGGAACACUGCUUCCUAG